AUGGCCUCGCUGAGUGUAAAGCCGGGCCAGCGCUUCACCUUGCCGGACUGGAAGAACAACUCCCUCCUCAUCUCGGCCGACGCCGAACAGCAGCGUUAUAAUUCCCACCACAUCCGGCAGGAAGGACGAGUUCUCCGCAAUGACACUGGCAACCAGGCAAAAUGGGAUGAGCACAACAGCCGAACCCAGCUCAAAGAUCGUAUCACCACCGUGGACAACUGGAGAGAGGCCCUGGCCAAAUGCCUCACAGACUUAGAUUUGGAAAUUGAAGCCUUAGGCAAAGUGAAGGAAGCAGCAGAAAAUGCCAUCCAGGCAAAGAACUUGUGCUUGGAUGUUGCCAUUGAGUGCCUGACAUUCCGUGAGAGCCGUCGUGACAUCGAUGUGGUGAGGGAUCCUGUGGAAGAGGAAUUACACAAAGAGGUGAAGGUGAUUGAGAAAACCAAGAAAGAGCUGCAGCAGCGAGUGGAUGAUGCCUUCAGACAGCUCUGCCUCUUGAAGGAAGCUCGUCAGCAGCUGAGCUGUGACCACCGGCACAAGGUGGAGGCGCUGGAGCUCGAUCGGCAGUGCAUGUCCUUCAAUCCCACCUCUGGCAACAUCUCCUUCAAGGUCAACCCAACACGGAUCCCAGAUGGAACAACUGCACUUAGUGAGUGGGAGAUGAACAGCCGGUGCAACAAGGAGCAUGCUGAGGCAGAGAUGAGAGCCUCAGUCGAUCUCCGAGGAGCAAUCACACUUGCCAUUGCCCAGACAAACAAUGAGCUGGAUGCUCAGCGUAUAGCUACAGAGUUUGCGCUGAGGAAGAGGAUGAGAGACAUGGAAGCAGCCCUUAGUGAGCUGAGAUGGCAGGAGAAGAAUACCCUGGAGGAGAUUGCUGAGAUGGAGGAGGAGAUCAGGCAGCUGGAGGAAGAUAUCAAGAAGAGAACCCUGGAUCUGAAAGUGGCUCACACGCGCCUGGAGACGCGCACGUACCGGCCCCACAUCGAGCUCUGCCGGGACCAGGCUCAGUUUGGACUGACAGACGAGGUCCAGCAGCUGGAGGGGAUGAUCCGUGCACUCCAGCAGAAGAGGACAGAGUCACAGGAUGCCUUGGACGCUCUUUACAGACAACUCCACCGCAUUCAGACCGAUAUCGGCUACAAAACCAAUUCUCUGCAGCUAGACAACAAGUGCAUGGAUACUCGGAGAAAACUCGUGGUCCCUGUGGAGAAGUUUGACCCAGAGGUCGACGCUGUCAGCCGCACCAGGAACCUGCCGAAGGAAAGUCAGCUGGAGCUGGCUUAGCGCGCCGGGAAUUGUG